AGCCAGGCCUAGUGUUCCCCUGUCAGGUGCCCAAGGGCCCUGGGCUUGCUGGGAGUGACCAGCCGCUGGAGGGUGAGUGGGGCUGGGAGGUGACCCUGGGCUAGGUUAGAAACAACUGUCCAGCUGUUGGGUUUCGGCUACACAGAGUGAGCCUUGGAGGAGCAAGGGGCCUGCAUCCUGUGGCCCGCGUGGGACGGUUAAGCGUCUGCGUUUGAAACAUAAAAACUUUAUUCCUUCAGUGCACUGUUUGGGCCCUUUCCAGGCUGAAGUGCAGAGAGGCCUGGGGAGUUUUUCGUUUGAAAGGCUGAUGGCAGAAAGGGGCAAAGGCCUCCCUUGGGUGAGGUUAUUGGAGUGGCCUGUUUCUGUGAGAUAGUGUGGGGGCGGCGGGCAGAGGCGACAGCCCGACCCACCCUGCAGGGCGAGGCCUCCGUCUGGGGCCUCCGUCUCAGGCUCCAGUGGGGCCGCUGCCUCCGCUCCUCCUUGGGUCUGUCCUUGAGGUUGGGUGCUGAGUCAGUGACUGUGCUGCCGGUUUGGGAGCAGCGAGGCUGAGAGGUGACAGGUUGAAAGGCGUCUAGAGCUUUGCCGGAGAUGAGGGGGGUGUGCUCUGCCGCAGGUCACGCUCAGGUGUGAUGCCAGCCUUGGGCGUCGUGAGCCUGCGCCCCGGCCACAGCAGCGGGCGCCCCACCUGCUCCGGGUGGCAUGACUGUAGCCCUUGCAGCCCAGCCUGCCUUUCCGUCCACACGUGCACACGCGUCUUCUCGCUGUAACAUCUGCCGCUCCCCCAUCGCAGAGGCAGUUUUCAGGAAACUCGUGACUGAUGAAAAUGUCUCAGACCACUGGGUCGUGGACAGCGCCGCCGUGUCCGACUGGAACGUGGGCCGGUCGCCAGACCCGAGAGCUGUGAGCUGCCUGCAAGGCCACGGCAUCCACACGGCCCACACGGCCCGACAGGUCACCAAGGAGGACUUCGCCACGUUUGACUACAUCCUCUGCAUGGAUGAGAGCAACCUGAGAGACCUGACCAGGAAAAGCAGCCAAGUCAGAAACUGCAGAGCGAAGAUCCAGCUGCUCGGGAGCUACGACCCCCAGAAGCAGCUCAUCAUCGAAGACCCCUACUACGGGGACGAGUCCCACUUCGAGACCGUGUACCAGCAGUGCGUGCGCUGCUGCCGCGCCUUCCUGGACAGCGCCCGCUGACCCGCGGUGCGGCCGCUCUGUGGUGAACCCGCUGCCCCGCGUCUUGGGAAUGACUGUCCAGAGCUGGUGUGUUCAGCAGAAUAGUAAUAAAGCUUCUGACCCAGCCAGUUGACGGCGCAGUCACUGC